UCUCUUCCAGAACAAUAAGUGCACAGACCCUCAAAACCAAAAAAGAAACCUAGCUAUCAUCUAUCUCUUCUUUGCCUCAAACCCAUGGCUUGUGACAAGAGUUUCUCCAGCAGUUACAUGCUGUUGAGCCCAGAGAAAGUCGGUGUCAUCGAUCUCUUUCGCAUUUUGAUGUACAGUGAUGUACACAAAAGAGAAUUCGUGGACUGCUCCGAGGGUGGAGAGGAGAGCUUCGAGCGAAGGUGGAUCAUGUUUGUAUCAAUUCUCGUGCAGAAGCUUCUGCUUCUUGUGGCCAAACCCCUGUCUUGGAGUGGGUCGGCGAUCGAGUUUUGGUUGAAUCUCAUGUCGAGCAAUCGGAACUUUGGAAGGCUUCUUGUCAACUGCUUUCGAGGGAAGGUGGUGAUGCCGGAUAGAGAGUCAGGGAGCUUCAUAUCUUUCCCUGGCAAUUGGGACAAGAGAGUGGAACUGGACAAGAGCAUCAGGCCUGGUGACAGCGAGUACUAUGCGGCUCUCUCCAUGAUGGCUUCCAAAGCAUCCUACGAGAAUGAGGCCUACCUCCAAACCACGGUCACCCGCCAUUGGCAGAUGGAAUUCUUGGGGUUCUACAAGCUUUGGAACGAUUACCAAGGUAAAGCAACCACACAAGCCUUCAUGCUACGCGACUGCGACACCGUCGUGGUGGGCUUCCGAGGCACGGAACCUUUUGACGCGGAUGCGUGGUGCUCGGAUUUCGACCUCUCGUGGUACGAGUUUCUAGGCGUUGGAAGAAUCCAUGGCGGGUUCAUGAAAGCCCUCGGGCUCCAAAAGACCCUGGGUUGGCCAAAAGAGCUCGACCCGCGUCUCAAAACGCCGGUGCCAUUGGCUUACUAUGCCAUAAGGGAGAAGCUAAGGGCACUGCUCGGUGAGAGCGACAAAGUGAACUACAUAUUGACAGGCCACAGCUUGGGAGGCGCGUUGGCGAUACUCUUCCCGGCGAUCUUGGCCAUGCACGGGGAGACGUGGCUCAUGAAGAGAUUGGAGGCAGUCUACACAUUUGGUCAACCUAGGGUUGGAGACGAGAAGUUUGGGGAGUUCAUGGAGAGGGUCUUGAAGGAACAUGAAAUUGAGUACUUCAGAUUCGUUUAUGGGAAUGAUAUUGUGCCUCGGUUGCCUUACGAUGAUUCAGCUUUCAUGUUCAAGCAUUUUGGGAGUUGUUGCUACUUCAAUAGCAAAUAUGAAGGGAAGAUCGUCCGUGAAGAACCGAAUAAAAACUACUUCUCACUUCGACAGACAAUUCCGAUGAUGUUGAACGCUUGGUAUGAGCUCACAAGAAGCUUCACGAUUUCUCGUGAGAAGGGACCGGACUAUAGAGAAGGAUUAUUCCUGAAGAUUUUUAGAGUGAUUGGCCUGCUAAUUCCAGGCAUACCUGCUCAUACUCUUCAGGACUAUGUAAAUCUUACGAGGUUAGGAGCGUCUCGGUUAUUCCGGCAUCGGCAAUGACCAUGAUUAGUUAUAGCUUUGUACAAUGUAAGAUUAAUGUCUUCUAAGAUUAAAUUGAAACACAACUAUGCGGCCGAUUUCAUUAGGACCGUAAGUAGCGGUCUGUCUCACUCCAUAUACUUUUGUAAUAUGUUAUACAUGUAUUGUUUGUGCA